GAGACGAUAAACCGCCGGACCAUGCUUUUCUUAUGUUUUGUAAUGUACAAUCCAAGGUUGUGUGGGAGCUGAAUUUACUUGGUGAGUUAUUAACACUAUCAUCUAACGUUACCUAUCGUAUUGACUUUGGGCAGUAUCAACACUAAACGAGACCUUGGCGGCAUGAGCAGGUGAACCCAGAUAGGAGCAGCAUCUGACUCGACUGAAGCUUGAACUUAUAAACCCACUGCAGUCAUGCUACUCCCCAUCCUUGUCCGUGAGUCCCUAUGCUGCUCAAAGAACUCUGUCUUACGGACAUCCUCAAACAUACAGACCUGUAUCAGGGGUCUUCAGGGCAAGGGAGCCAGGGGCCUCCACAGCUACGCCCAGUGGUUCCUCUGUAGGAGGCUUCCCUCACGCCUCAACACCCAAAUACGGGGGGCCAAGAGUUGGAAGAGCCAGACCAAGCAGCAGGAGGAUGAGUGGAGGAAGAGGAACAAGACGGUGCUGACGUAUAUCGCUGCUGCGGGGGUGGGGAUGAUCGGCAUGUCCUACGCUGCUGUACCCCUCUACAGACUCUACUGCCAGGCGUCCGGUCUGGGUGGGACGGCGGUGGCAGGUCACGAUGCAGAGCAGGUGGAGACGAUGACGCCGGUGAUGGACCGCAUCAUUAAGAUCACCUUCAACGCUGACACACACGCCAGCAUGCAGUGGAACUUCCGCCCGCAGCAGUCUGAGAUAUACGUGGUUCCAGGAGAGACUGCCCUGGCCUUCUACAGAGCCAAGAACCCUACAGACAAACCUGUUAUUGGGAUCUCCACCUACAACGUUGUGCCCUUUGAGGCUGGACAGUACUUCAACAAGAUACAGUGUUUCUGUUUUGAGGAGCAGCGGUUGAACCCUAAAGAGGAAGUGGACAUGCCCGUGUUCUUUUACAUCGACCCUGAGUUUGACGAGGACCCACGUAUGGCCCGUGUCGACACCAUCACACUCUCAUACACCUUCUUCGAGGCCAAGGAGGGACAGAAACUACCCCUCCCCGGAUAUAGUCCGAUUUCCCUACACAGCUGAAGAUUGGCCUCAUACUAUUUAUUGUUCUCCUCAGAGAUGCUGAGUUAGUCCAAUAUAUACAGGCAUUCAAUCCAUAUCGUGGAUCUACAGGAUGUUACACAAAAUGUUAAGGUGUGUGUAUUAGACACAGAUGAUUGCUGUAAUAGUCAUUCAUCCCUGAAUCUGAUAAUGCAAAGAUAAUAUACGAAAAUGAUAAUGUACAGAGAAGGGGUUAUGUAAAAAUGUUGUCCAUGUGAUGACACUUAUCAAGUGUCUUUAAGACUGUACAGUGUUCUUCAAUCAAAUAAAUUAUGAUUUGAGCUA